AUGCCUCCCAAAAAAGGACCCAAGGAACCCGAAGUUAAUGUCCCUGAAGGUGACGCUUCUGCUGGUAGAGAUAUUUUCGAUGCCCAAUGCUCUGCUUGCCACGCUAUUGAAGGUGACUCUACUGCCGCUCCCGUUCUCGGUGGUGUCGUCGGAAGAAAGGCCGGUUAAGAAAAGUUCGCUUACUCCAAGUCCAUGAAGAACUCUGGUAUCACUUGGAGCGACAAGCACCUUUUCGUUUUCCUCAAGAAUCCCUCUAAGCACGUUCCCGGUACUAAGAUGGCUUUUGCCGGUCUUGCUGCUGAUAAGGACAGAGCUGAUCUUAUUGCUUACCUCAAGUCUGUUUGA